AAGCAUGGUAGUACGUAACAGUAAUGCAUAAAAGCCCUGAAAACAACUCAAGCUCCAACAAUGGCCUCAAUCACCAUUGAGGAUCUCCAUCUUUUCCACACAGCAGACAGAGAAAUCUUCUCUAGGCUCAUCAUCCACCUCAUGCGAGAUCCAGGACAGUCUCUCCUAGUAAUGGCCCUAUGGCUCUGGCUAGAAGUGAAGAGAUUCCCAAACAUCAUAGCAAAAUUGCGCAACAGAUCAGACUUCAUCCUCAACGCCAUGGCCGACGAAGCCACAACCUGUCUCCAAGCUCUCGAGUCCAAAACCGCCUUCACUUCCCCUUCCGAAUCCACCAUGUCAGUCACAGCCAAAAUCAUAGGAAAACCCAUCUCUGUGCCCAUGAUCACCCACAUCAAGUUCACCGCCAUAGCUGAAAUCAAAACCUUCCUCAACAAUGUCUGUUCCCUAAUUUUCACAGACAUUUUACAACAGGUUUUGGGUUCUCUUAAUCAGCCACUUCCUGUUAUGAGUUUUCCUCAUCUGAUUUUCAGGAAUAUAACGGUCAUUUCACUGCCCCUCAGCCAUCACUUGCCAACCGGAGGGCUAUGGGGCUGGUCGCAUGAGAUUAAAGUUUCGGUGGAUGAUCGAACCAUGUUCUUGACUUUCUCAAGAGGGUACCCGGUUAGUGAAAGCGAAGUUAAGGAGCUUUUUAUGGGGUGUUUUGGCGAUUGUGUCGACAAUGUUUAUAUGGACGAGUCUAACUCGGUCGAUCAACCUUUGUUUGCUCGAAUGGUAGUUCGUGGUGUUUCAAUUGUGGAUGACAUUUUGAAGGGUAGUAGUAUUGCAAAGUUUCGGAUCAAUGGGAAGCAUGUUUGGGCCAAAAAGUAUGAACGCCGAGACGGUUGAUGAAGAGUAAUUGCUAGGCCAAAACUUUUUACA